CCUUUAGGAAUACAGUUGUUUGGGGUCUUCCCUUUUUGACUGAAACACAACAGGGUCAAAGUAGUCACUGAAGAGCAUGUACAGUACAUUUCCACUACAGUUACACUGGCCAGCAGUUAGCAUUUACAGACACAUUUAAAACUAAAUGGCAAAUUUAUGAGCAAUAAGGAACAGGAGCAGCUAUAUAGCACAAAUGCUCAGCAUUUUAAAUCCUUUUCAUUUUUAAUAGAUACACCUUCAUUUGUGUGAGAACUUUUUGUCUGAAAAAUGUUUGAGUUAAUUUUUUAAGCUAUAUAAAAAAUGAUUCUCAAUUUUAGAAGACAAGUGUGUUCUUACAGGUCUACAGAGCACAGAUCCCUAGCAUUUCUGUGUAAGCAAAUCUGAUUUGAUUAUUUAUAUUCCCAUUCUGCUUUAUUAAACAAUUCACAGAACCAACAAACUGAAUGAUGGAAGAGUGGAGAUGAACACGGAUGUAAAUGCUAAUUACCUAGCUGGUUCUUUCCUGUAACAUCACUGUCUAUAAAAGCUACUCCUAAAGAGUUUUCCUGUCAUAUGUGCAUCCAGGUAAACAUGGUAAAUGAAUAUGCUUAGAGGCCUGCCUGGUUUAUAGUAAAGAUGUCCCACCCUACAAGCAGGGACGUGCUGCCCCCUAUCAGUAGUGGCAUGCCCCGCCACGCCUAUCAGCAUCUCCAGUCAGUGUAGAGAAGCAGGGAGUCUGGAGGAGCAGGAGCAGGCAGCGCAGAAUUCAGCGGCUCCCGCUUUCGUCCGACACUUAGCUAGAGCUGCUCCCCGGGCAGUGGAGGUGAUGAUGGCGGCGGCUGUAGAGAGAGGAGGCGUCCGGGCCGCUUUCCUGAACCAGAGCAGCGGUGGCGGUGGUGGACCAGCACCGACAACCCUCCCGACCGGAGCGUUAGCCGGGGCUGUGGUCCUGGGCUCCGGCAGCAUGCCUGUACCCAUGAACCUCUUUGCGACCUGGGAGAUAGACCGAUCAUCCCCAAGCUGCGUUCCGAGGCUCUGCAGCCUCACACUGAAAAAGCUGGUCGUCCUUAAAGAACUGGAUAAAGAGCUGAACUCCCUGUCUAUAGCUGUCAAAAUACAGGGUUCUAAGCGUCUUCUGAGAUCAAAUGAGUACGUCCUCCCACCCAGUGGACUGAUGGAGACAGAUCUGGAGCUCACAUUCUCACUACAGUACCCUCAUUUUCUGAAGAGGGAUGCCAACAGACUGCAGAUCAUGCUGCAGAGGAGGAAACGCUACAAGAAUCGAACCAUCCUGGGCUACAAAACUUUAGCUGUGGGAGUUAUCAAUAUGGCUGAGGUGAUGCAACACCCGACAGACGGAGGACAGAUUCUUGGUCUCCAUAGCAACGUGAAGGAGGCGCCAGUGCGUGUGGCGGAGAUCAGCGUGUACUCUCUGUCCAGCCAGCCCAUCGACCACGAGGACGGUAGCGGCCAGGCUGGCCGCAAGACUAAAACCUCAGACCGCUCCCCAGACAUGGAUAACUAUUCUGAGGAGGACGAUGACAGCUACUCGUCAGAGCAGGAAGCCAGUGAUGACGCAGUUCAUGGCCAGGAUCUUUAUGAUGAAGACGAUGAGGUCAGGAAGCCCAAGAAACCCCGGAGGAAGAUGAUCCGAACCACUUCCAUGACCAGGCAACCUAACUUUAAGCAGAAGUUUGUGGCCUUGCUGAAGAGGUUCAAGGUAACAGAUGAGGUCCUGGACUCUGACCCAGUCGACCAGACCCAGGAGGUGGAGGAGGAUCUGGAUUUACUCUAUGACAGUCUGGAGGUGUACAACCAGAGUGACAGUGGUCCAGAGAUGGAGGACAACGAGAGCGUCCUGAGCACACCUAAGCCCAAACUCAAGCCGUUUUUUGAAGGGAUGUCUCACUCCAGCUCCCAGACAGAAAUUGGAAGCAUACACAGCCAGAAAAGCCAGCAGAGAGAGCUGUCAUGUCCUAGUGGAGACUUUCUGACCGUGGACAGAUGUAAAGUGCAAGGGGCCCGGUAUCAAGAUGACAGCAUCACAGAUACAACUGUUGGGCCCUCUUGGCUCAUCUUUGCUCCCCCCCUUUUGGUUCAGGAGCCAGAGACUGACGACAGCGGGCCAGGGCCGGGGGAGGUGAGCAGCUGGGAUGUCAACACUGAACGGAUGACCAGCACUGUUGGCAAACUCUGCAAGACAGAGUCCCAAAACCACAUGUCUCCCAGUAAAGUGGAGAACAGGCUGCAGAGGCAUCCUCGCAGCAUCUCCAUGAAAGACAGACAGAACUCCAAGGCCCAGAGCGAUAGGACCAGCAGCAUGGAGAGCGAGUGCUCCCCAGACUCACGACUCAUAGCACAGGUUCCCAGGAAGUCUGUGUAUGACCAGCUGAACCAGAUCCUCAUCUCUGACGAACGCCUACCUGAGAGCAUCAUCCUCAUCAACACCAUGGAGUGGCAAGGACAGUAUGUAUCCGAGUUGCUCCAUGAACAGGGCCAGCCCAUUGUGUCCACCUGCUCUGCUGCCGAUGUUCAGGCUGCCUUCAACACCAUCGUUACUCGCAUCCAGAGAUUCUGUAACUGCAACGCACAGACACCACCGACAAUGAAGGUGGCGGUGGCAGGCGACCAGAGUUACCUCAGCACCAUCCUGAGGUUCUUUGUGGAGCAGCUGGCCAACAAGACACCUGACUGGCUCAGUUACAUACGCUUCCUGGUGAUCCCCAUAGGUUCUCAUCCCCUGGCAAAGUAUGUGGCCUCCUUUGACAGCAGGUUCAACAGCAUCUUUAUGGACACUGCAUGGAGGGAGCUGUUCUGCAGGACGGAACGGCCCACCUCAGAUAACAUAGAUGUAGCAGGACGAGUUGUUCAGUAUCUGGCUGGUGCCAACGUGUCCCACCAGUUCCCCAUCUCAGAGGCCAUGCUCACCUACAAACAGAAGAGGAAAAGGAGUUUGUAUUUUGAUUUUUACAUCAGCCCUGAUGAGGACUCCUGUCAGAAAUUUGUGCCAUUUAUUGGGGUUGUGAAAGUUGGAAUUGUGGAGCAAAGCCUCUCAACUUCAGUGGACUCAGAUGAUGCGAUGGGGGUCAACACAAGCAUCCUGUCCUCCCCAACACCCCCAUCGGCCGGUCCGUAUGGGAAGGAGAUUGGGGGCACCCCCCCCCAGUCUCCCUCUGUGUCCACCGCCCUUUCUGGAGCUGGUUCUCCGUGUUCGGGCAGUGAAGUGAUGGGGCUCCAGGUGGACUACUGGACGUGGCAAGGUCCAGAGAGGAAGAAAGAGGGAGAGAAGAGAGAUGUGGGCCUGAAAAACACCCUGAAGAGUAACUUCCGUUCGCUGCAAGUCAGCCGCCUGCCUUGUGGAGGGGAACUCACCCCUCCACCCAGCAUGGCCAUGACUGUAGUCACAAAGGAGAAGAACAAGAAAGUGAUUUUUCUCAGCAAGAAGCCCAAGGAGAAAGAGCUGGACUCUAAGAGCCAAGUGAUUGAUGGUAUCAGCAGGUUGAUCUGCACAGCCAAGCACCAGCACACAAUGCUGAGAGUCACUAUUGAUGGAGUGGAGUGGAAUGAUGUGAAGUUUUUCCAGCUUGCUGCCCAGUGGCCAACACAUGUCAAGCACCUCCCGGUGGGAAUCUUUGGUUACACUAAGCCUGUGUGACCCUGGCCACCAUCCACUCAACCACCACCAGACUCUCCGCUGCACUUGUCUCACAGAGAGGCUACAGAGAAUUAGAGGAAAAGCCAACAGGCCCCCGGCAGUAAUAGUUUUCCUGUGGAAAUCUUACUGACUCACAACCAAGUGUUCCAUACACAAAUUUCACGUUGUCAAUUUGAUGUUUUUGAUGUUGUUGGGUGUUGUUGUUUUUUACACACUACAAAAAGAAUGAGUACUAUUUUGUAAGAUUUGUGCUACCGCCUCGGAUGUAUUUUGAGGUUUUUGACAAUUUGCCACAUUUCGAUAAUGGCAGCUGUGUUUGCACUUUGUUUUUGUUAACAUUUUAUUAUUUCUGUGAAAUCCUACAUUUAUUGUUACUCUAUAGACAAUGGAGGAGUGUGAUGGUGAUGUGCAGUGGCGUGUGUGAGAUUGUUUGAGACCGUGUUUGUGUUUGUUGUUGACAGUUGGAAUAUUGCUGUGAAUCUAGAUGGAAUUCUUCUCUUCUAACUCAGUGCUCAGUUUUCUUACUCGUCCCUUUACUUUCUCAAAAAGUUACAUUUUUCUAGAAAGGAAUAUAAAGUUCUUUUUGCCUCGUUGCUUUAAAGCACACUGUGUACCUAAAGCAAAUUUAAAAAAACAACUCAAGCAAGGUAUUUUUGAAGGUAGCUAUAAUGAAUGUAGCUAUGACGCAUUUGUAACAUGUAAGCAGUUCAUCAGAUCAGUUCGUUAUUGUAAGUGCUGAAGAUUUUGUAUUUGUGUUAGUGUGCAGUCAGACUGUACAGUAACAUCCACUUAGAAGCAGGGUAACAUGACACACAAAACAACAUAUUUCAACUAUCAACAGCUGAAUGCCAAAUUAAGUUGUGACUGUAUGAACUGUCUUAUUGUUUCAAGGUCCUGAAUUGUUUUUCCACAGUUUCCCAGCUGCAUAUUUCCACCUGUGUUGUAAUCAGGCCUUCUUGGAGUAAUUUUAGGUUUUAACAGCAUUUAUUUGGUAAACAUGGCCACCGCGUGUUCAGCUUGAUGUACUGGCUUAGCUGAGAGGACGUCUCACAGACCUGCAGCAAUUUAGCAAAUACUGGAUUUCUCCAGAUGUGCAGUGAUGUGCCAAAGUCAAGUUUGUUUUACAGUAGAGCUCGUUUCGGCCAAACUUCAUGGUAUGUCAAACUGAAAACUACAAUUGUACAUUUUAAUGCAUUUGUGGUCCCUGUGGAGAUCAGUAUUAAGAUUACUGAGUUAUUAAUUGUGACAAAUUUACCAGUUAGUGCUCCACGUUUGGCCAAACGUAAACCCAUUAAGCAUUUACAAGACGUGUGCACAUCAUAACCAAGCGAUUACCGUUGUGUCCUUUAAUACAGCUUUACCGUGGCUGGACAUGCAGGUAGUACCUAACCUAAAAUAUACUGAUAGGUUGGUCGUUUAGUAUUGUGUAGGCCUGCAAAAUUACAGAGUAGUAAUGAAUUGCUUUUAAAAUAGGAUGAAAAGUGUAUGGAGUCUUGCCAGAUGUCUAAGUCACUGCCUAUGUGUGUCUGUGUAGGUGUGCUAUGUUUGAUGGUACUCCCUGAAUAGUGUUACGUGAAACUUUUGCAAUAGGAAACCUUUGGACAAAGGGCCUUCUGUAUGAGUUUGUUGUUGCUUUUUAUAAAGUGAAAAAGCUUUGAUAGGCUGGCUUUUUUAGUAUUGUAUAUAAAUAUAUACAAGAUGUAUUAUUGUGAAUCGCAAAUCCCCUUCCACUAAAUUGAAAGCACAAAUAGCUUACCUUUAUUUCUUGACAUAAAUGCCAAAUAUAUUUCCAGAACUUAUAACUAUGAGGUUGACUUGUACAAUGCAAACACUAUUAGGUAUGUCAUUUCUCAUACAUUUCCCUCACUUUGUAAUGCACUUUUCAUGUGGUUUUAUACACAUUUUUGCUCAAAUUGGGACACACUUUGGUUUUGAGGUGAGGUGUUAUAUUUGAAAUGUAAACCACUACCUAUAGUCAAGAGAAGGCCGUUCUUAUUGUUUUUUUUCAAAAUGACCCUUUUUCAUAGAGAUGUUGUGUUUAUGUUGAUGGGUUCAAGCGCCCUAUGAGGUCUGAAAAACCGUCAUGGCUGUCUGUUACUUAAUGUUUUGCCACUUGAUGUUGAAAAGCUUAUUUUGCAGCUACCACCAUACGUGUCUGCCUGUGACUAUACAGUCAUGUUUUCUUGUCUCCUGCUUUUUGAAGGGUUCACUAUCUUCUCUUAGUUGGGAGACCAACUGGCCCUUACAUAUUUGUAAACUCGGGCUGUGAAGUGUUAGCCAGGGCAGAGUUGUUUGAGGGAAUUUGUCAUGUGAGUUAGCCUUUUAAAUACUAAACGGGCAUAAUGACAAGUCUAUUUCAGUGUUUGACCUCAAGUUUAUUUUUUUUUAUUUUUUUUCCCUAAAUCUAGAGGUAGCAUGGGGGUGUUUUACAAGACUGGAUCAAUGAGCAGGCAUGCUCACUUUGUCACCAUUAUUUAGCACUGCAAAAAACUAAUUAACUCUUAACAUCAGUGUUAAUGUUUCUCAUUAAUGGUCAAACUACAAUGACAACGUGCCAUCUCAUUGCUCCUGUUACUUGAAAUGCCACCCAGUGUCUUUGCACAAACCCUAUUUUAAAUGACAUGACAGUAUUUUUAAAUUUACCACUAAAAAUAUGGGUUACUCUGCAUGUUUUACUAUAGAUGUAAAUAUGUUUUGGAUUUUUAUAUUGUUUUGUUUCUUUCCAUGCUCUCACAAGCAGUUGUGUUUAAUAAAAUUUUUAAUCUUCUGUA